ACGCGCCCUCAUUGCCGCUCUAUGCCGCUCCGCCCCGGCUCGCUGGUCCCAGAAGGCGUCGGGUUUCCCAAGAUGGCGGCCGACGUGUCCGUUACUCACCGGCCGCCGCUGAGCCCGGAGGCUGGGGCCGAGGCUGAAGCCGACGAUGCCGCGGAGCGUCGGGCGCCCGAAGAAGAACUGCUACCGCUAGAUCCAGAAGAGAUCAGGAAACGGCUGGAACACACCGAGCGCCAGUUCCGUAACCGCCGCAAGAUACUGAUCCGGGGCCUCCCAGGGGACGUGACCAACCAGGAAGUGCACGACCUGCUCAGCGACUAUGAGCUCAAGUACUGUUUUGUGGACAAAUACAAAGGGACAGCCUUUGUGACUCUGCUGAAUGGGGAGCAGGCCGAAGCCGCCAUAAGCACCUUCCACCAGAGCCGCCUGCGGGAGCGCGAGCUGUCGGUGCAGCUGCAGCCCACGGAUGCCCUGCUCUGCGUGGCCAACCUGCCUCCUAGCCUCACGCAGCAGCAGUUCGAGGAGCUGGUACGGCCCUUUGGCAGCUUGGAGCGCUGCUUCCUGGUCUAUAGCGAGCGUACUGGCCACUCCAAGGGCUAUGGCUUCGCUGAGUACAUGAAGAAGGACUCGGCUGCCCGCGCCAAGUCGGACCUGCUAGGCAAGCCACUGGGCCCACGCACCCUCUACGUGCACUGGACAGACGCGGGGCAGCUGACGCCUGCCCUGCUCCACUCCCGCUGCCUCUGUGUUGACCGUCUGCCACCCGGCUUCAGUGAUGUGGACGCCCUGCGCCGGGCACUGUCAGCUGUCCACAUUCCAACCUUCUGUCAGCUAGCGUACGGCCAGGAUGGGCAGCUGAAGGGCUUCGCCGUGCUAGAGUAUGAGACGGCUGAGAUGGCUGAAGAGGCACAGCAGUGGGCGGACGGCUUGGCCCUGGGAGGCAGCCACCUGCGUGUCUCCUUCUGCGCCCCAGGGCCCCCUGGUCGCAGCAUGCUGGCUGCGCUCAUCGCUGCCCAGGCCACAGCUCUCAAUCGGGGCAAAGGGCUCCUGCCUGAACCCAACAUCCUGCAGCUGCUCAACAGCCUGGGGCCCUCUGCCUCCCUCCAGCUGCUGCUCAACCCCCUGCUUCAUGGCAACGCGGGGGGCAAGCAGGGUCUCCCUCCAGGUCUCCUGGGUGCCCCCCCCGCCAUGCCGCUGCUCAACGGGCCCGCCCUGUCCACGGCGCUGCUGCAGCUGGCCCUGCAGACCCAGGGGCAGAAGAAGCCUGGGAUCCUGGGAGACUCUCCCCUGGGCACCCUCCAGCCCGGGGCCCAGCCAGCCAACCCCCUCCUUGGGGAGCUGUCUGCAGGGGGGGCCCUGCCCCCGGAGCUGCCACCCCGCCGAGGGAAGCCACCACCCCUGCUGCCACCACUGCUUGGCCCCUCUGGGAGUGACCGGGAAACCAUGAGUCUGGGUCCCCCAGCAGCCCAGCUCACUCCACCCCCUGCCCCUGUGGGGCUCCUAGGCACUGGCCUCAGAGGCCUCCAGAAAGACAGUGGGCCUCUGCCAACGCCUCCUGGGGUCUCACUGCUGGGGGAGCCCCCCAAGGACUUCCGGAUCCCCCUGAACCCCUACUUGAACCUACACAGCCUGCUCCCAGCCAGCAACCUGGCGGGUAAGGAGGCCCGUGGCUGGGGAGGCACUGGGAGAAGCCGCCGCCCAGCUGAGGGCCCCCUGCCUAACCCCCCAGCCCCUGGAGGUGGUGGCAGCAGCAAAGCCUUCCAACUCAAGUCCCGCCUGCUCAGCCCUCUCACCAGCGCCCGCCUGCCCCCCGAACCAGGGCUUCCUGAUAGCUAUGGCUUUGACUACCCCUCGGGGCAGACUUCCCUGAUGACAACUGUGCUGGGGAAUUCAGCUGGAGGUGAGGUUGGUGCAGACUCCAACCCAACAUGCUUCUCCCGCUUUGAUUUAGGAUGUGGGACCUCGGCGGCUCUUCUCCCACCCACGGGAGCCAGCCCUUGGGCCUCAUGGCCCCAGCCGACACAAAGCGGUCAGUUCUUCCCCACUGAGCUCCGGAGAAGGGCUCCUAGGCCUCGGCCCUGGGCCCAAUGGCCACAGCCACCUGCUGAAGACCCCACUGGGUGGCCAGAAACGCAGCUUUGCCCACCUGCUGCCCUCACCAGAGCCCAGCCCAGAAGGCAGCUAUGUGGGCCAGCACUCCCAGGGCCUUGGUGGCCACUACGCAGAUUCCUACCUGAAACGCAAGAGGAUUUUCUAAGGGGCCAGUGCCAGAGAUGCUCCAGGGCCUGCACCGAAUGGCUUUUGGGUUUUCUGGUGUUUUGUUUAGUGGGUUGUUUUUUGUUUUUUUUUUUUCCCGGAAAUAGAAAAAUCUCUGAAAGACUUUGCUGACCAACCCAGCCGGAGCCCAAUGAGCGUGGGGGAGUUUCGGGGCCACUUUGCAUCUUGGGCCUGCUCCCGGCAUGGAAACCCUGCAGCCUUAAGAAGGAGAGAGCAGGCUGGGGCCCCUCUCUCCCCUUCCAUGUCUGCCUGCAUCUGCCUCUCUGGGAUUCUCUCCUGCCUCGUCGCUCCUGUUUCUUGGCCUUUUGAGUGCCUUGGAGGUUUCCCUGACCUCCCGUGAGGAUCAGAGACUGUCCCCCUUUUUUAACUUUGACGAUUGACGAUUUGUUUCCUUUUCUAAUUUUUAUUAUUUUUUAAGCAAUCCAAGAUGACCCCUAGCUCUCAUUCCUACCAGGUCCAGUAUGUCUGGGCCUCCAUUCCACACAUCAGUUUGAAACAGCUAAGCCCGUUCCUCUUUCUCCCAUGUCUGCUGCAGACAUGGCUCUCUCCUCCCUUUGCUUGCCCACUCUGACCUGUACUCCAGCACUGGGUCCCCUGCUCUCUCCCACAGUCCCCUCACCAUCUGAUGCCUUAAAGCUGGGCCCCAUGGCCAGAGCCUCUCAGAUGCCGAGCUCUGGAAGCUUGACUCAGGACCAAACGGCUCUGCCGUGGGGAUUGGGUUGGCAAGCCAACCCCCACCAUCCCUUCCGCCCAGGCUGAGGUGCAGAGACCUGCUUUCUCUGCCAGCUUAAACCAGUCCUCCUGCUGUCUGUGGGAAUGGGGCACUGUGCAUCGUACUGAGCCUCUGCUGACUCCAUCCCCAGGCCAGAUCCCAGGAGCCAGCCUCCCUUGGGCCCAGUGGGAAUCCAGCAACUCCAUGCAGAUAAGCUCUGCCCCUGCCCCUGGCCAGCUGGACCACCAGCUUCCCUCUCUUCACUCUAGGGGUCCACAUCCACUUCAGGGGGUUUCUCUUCCCCAGUCCUCUCACACAGACCUUUGCUGAAUUAAAGUUUGUAAGUAAAUGGUUUUAAAGAAA